UCCUCGCGGGUUGUCGAGAGGAAUGGAGAAGUCAGCAAGCGCGUGCAGUUACACCUUGUACACAGAUGGCCGUGUGACUCCUAUCUUGUAAAUUAUGUACAUAAGUAACGUCUGAAGGUAUCUGCAUGUAUAAGUGUAUAUACAUUUAUGUCGCAUAUCUGUGUGGCACAUACCGUUAGACCUGCCUGCUCUCGUGUAGAUUUAGAAAGACUCGACUCUAGUUGGGAUUUUCAAACUUGGAUUUACCGACACGCACUAAUGGUGAAGCUCAAAUUUUAAAAAUGAGUCGUAUAUUUGAAAAUAAAUCGUAUAUUGCAUAAUCUGAUGGAAUAUUGCUGUUAAAAUCAUUAUAGGCAAUGAAGUGAAAUUUAAAGGUCGCUUGAGCAACGUUUGAAAUAAUUUGUGUAGCUACAUAACGGAAUAUAAAUUAUAGGGCUUGUUUAGCUAGCUUGCUAGCUGUCUGGGUUACCAGUUUGCCUAAAAAAAUCAGAACGGACGUCACCUGAUGAUACAUUUAGGAUUUACCUGAGGAGAUUCGCCUUAAGACUUUGACAGAGAAGAUUAUCUAGAAGAGGAGGAAGAGGCCCUAGCUUCCCUCAGCUUCCCUCUCUUUCCCAGAGACAUUAAACACUUUCUUCUGCCUCAGCGUGUGUAUAUAGUAAGGUUGGCUGAGGCGAGGCUUUAUUGAGGUGCCUAUUGAGUUUAGUCCCCUUGGUAAGGUGCACAGGAAAGGGUAUGCACUUUAGGAGAUGGAGAGAAAGAAAGUAAGGACAGAAAGCUAGGACGGAGUGGAGAUAAGAAGCACUGUGCUGCUCAUCCUCUUUAUGCCUCUGUAAAGACUCUAAAGAAAGGAGAGACGAGGACGGGAGCCUCUAGUGGCAGGGCCCAGCCCCGUAGUCACCAGCAACACUGGAACAACAGCAGCCAGAGAACCUAGAAGGUGGGUAAGAAGAGGACCACAGAAAGAGAGGAGAGACGGGGACUGAACAAGAACCAGAGGGUCGGAGGAGGAGAGGACGGGGAGCAGGAGGGGCAUCCCCAUGGCGACGGACCCUGGAGAACCCACGGGGACAGAGGACUCCUCAGAGAAAACUGAUGGAGCGCGAGAGGAGGAGACGGAGCAGGAGGAUGGCAGGAGGGAAAGGACGCAAAGCACCCCCUCUGACUUCCCCUCCUCCCAGGCUCAGGAGAGGAGAGCCGCCGAGGGUAGGGAUACAGGAGAAGGACCAAGAGGAGGCGGAAGUAGAGGAGGGCGAGGAGAGAUGGAGGACAGAGAUGUUAAGGAAGAGGAGAUACCUCCGUUUAGACCUAUGUCUCUCUCCACACCCUCAUCCCCGGCUGCGACCGUGGUGGCUUCAGGGUCAGGAGGUCACGGGCCGAGGCUAAGGAGAGAGAAGCGUUUCUUCAGGAAGAGUGUGGAGAUCUGCGAGGAGGAGGACGAGGUAGCGGCAGACCCCCCAGAGGUGUCCCACUCCGCCCCCCACCUGGAUUCAGUCUUCACCCUCACCGGGGCCCAGGCCGCUACCACCACCGCCGCCUCAGCUUCCGCAGCCCUAGGACACGACACCACUCACCAUGACCCAUCCAGCCCCAGUACCACCCAGGACCCCGGGGCCAAGGACGCCCCCUCCUCCGCCCCUGCCCAGACGGGGAAGGAGAGGGACAGGGAGCAGGAGGAGGAGGCAGAGAUGAAGGCCGUGGCCACCUCGCCGGGGGGGAGGUUUCUGAAGUUUGACAUUGAGCUGGGGAGGGGAGCCUUUAAGACCGUUUACAAAGGCCUAGACACUGAGACCUGGGUGGAGGUGGCCUGGUGCGAACUACAGGACCGUAAGCUGACCAAGGCGGAGCAGCAGCGUUUUAAGGAGGAGGCAGAGAUGCUGAAGGGGCUCCAACAUCCUAACAUUGUCCGUUUCUAUGACUCCUGGGAGUCAGUGCUGCGAGGGAAGAAGUGCAUCGUCCUGGUUACCGAACUCAUGACCUCGGGGACACUCAAAACGUAUCUAAAGCGCUUCAAGGUGAUGAAGCCUAAGGUCCUGAGGAGCUGGUGUCGUCAGAUCCUGAAGGGCCUCCAGUUCCUCCACACCCGGACCCCUCCCAUCAUUCACAGGGACCUGAAGUGUGACAACAUCUUCAUCACGGGCCCUACCGGCUCCGUCAAGAUAGGAGACCUUGGACUGGCUACUCUCAUGAGGACUUCCUUUGCUAAGAGUGUCAUAGGUACUCCUGAGUUCAUGGCUCCAGAGAUGUACGAGGAACAUUAUGACGAGUCAGUGGACGUCUAUGCCUUUGGGAUGUGCAUGCUGGAGAUGGCCACCUCAGAAUACCCCUACUCAGAGUGCCAGAAUGCUGCACAGAUCUACCGUAAAGUCACCAGCGGUAUAAAACCAGCCAGCUUUGAUAAAGUCAAUGACCCAGAGAUUAAAGAGAUCAUCGAGUGCUGCAUCCGCCAAGACAAGAAUCAGAGGCUGUCCAUCCGGGACCUGUUGACCCAUGCCUUCUUUGGGGAGGACACUGGGGUGCGUGUGGAGCUGGCGGAGGAGGACAUGGGGUAUCAGGAGUGUCUGGCCCUCAGGAUCUGGGUGGAGGAUCCCAAGAAGCUGAAGGGCAAACACAAAGACAACGAGGCCAUUGAGUUCAGUUAUGACCUGGAGAAUGACAGCGCAGAAGAGGUGGCUCUGGAGAUGGUGAAGUCGGGCUUCUUCCAUGAGAGCGAUGCUAAAGUGGUGGGGAAAUCCAUCCGCGACCGCGUCACGCUCAUCAAGAAGUCCCGUGAGAGACGCCAGCAGCAGCUGCUCCAACAACAGCAAGGCUUUGAUGAGAGACGGGACUCCACCCUCACCUCCUCCUACACUAGCACUUACCCCUCCUGCACCUCGUCCCUGGGGCCUGGGGUGGCUGGGCUGACAGGGCGAGGCGGGGGAGGUGGUGGGCAGGGGGAGGCUGAGGAGAUACCAAAGGCAGAUCAGCAUAUGAGGCAACAGCAGCAGAUCCACAGUGGGAAUCCUCUGAGCCUGCCCACAGGAGGGGAGAGCAUUGUUUCAGCCAGCUGUGAGUCCUAUGCCAAUGGCCAGAGCCAGGCGUACCCUCAGCAACGGGAGUCCUACGUGCUUUCUCAAUCCAACCUCCCUGCUGCUGCUUCGGCAAUUAUGGCCCACACCAAAAUGUUUCCAACUAGUCAGAGCAGAGGAGUUCCGAAUGUGCUUAUUGGUCAGAGUAGUGGGAUUUCCGGCAUGUCCAUUGGCCAAAGUGGUGGUGGGGCUCCUGAUGGUCAGCAGACUUACGUUCAGCCCGUUGCCAUGCCAACACAGGUUUCACCAGAUAUACCACAGCAGUAUUCACAGUCAUACCACUCAGAUGGGUCACAGAUUUCACAACUGGCCCCUUCCCUGUCCUACGCACCCCCAGUCUCCCCCCAAGCCCAGCUCAACAUCCUCCCAGCUCCCAUGUUAGCGGCGGACCCAACAGGACGAGUGGGGGCCAUGGCCCAGGCCAACGUCACUCCCAAUGUCAUCCAGAUGACACCCCAGCCUUUAACCCAGCAAGCACUGCCUGACAUGAUCCCACAGCAGCAGACCAUUGUUCAACAACAACAACAACAACAGAUACUGAUUGAGCAACAGCAGCAGCAGCAGCAAAUGGAGGCUCAACAAGCCGCCCUGCUUCAGCAUCAUCAACAACAACAUCAACAACAGGCCAGUGUAAUUCCCCAGAACCAGGCGGUACUGAUACAGCAACAGAUGGAACAACAACAGCAGCAACAGCAGACUAUAGCAAUCCAACAGCAGCAAACUACUGAGCCACAGCAGCAAGUGUAUGUGCAGCAAGCUUUGGUUCAGCAGCAGCAGGCCUUACUACAACAACAACAACAAUCAAUGGAACAACAGCAGCAUCAGGCCUUACAACACCAACAAUCAAUGGAACAACAGCAGCAUCAGGCCUUACUACAACAACAACAAUCAAUGGAACAUCAGCAGCAUCAGGCCUUACUACAACAACAACAACAAUCAAUAGAACAACAGCAGCAUCAGGCCCUACUACAACAACAACAAUCAAUGGAACAACAGCAGCAUCAGGCCUUACUACAACAACAACAACAAUCAAUAGAACAACAGCAGCAUCAGGCCCUACUACAACAACAACAAUCAAUGGAACAACAGCAGCAUCAGGCCUUACUACAACAACAACAACAACAAUCAAUGGAACAACAGCAGCAUCAGGCCUUACUACAACAACAACAAUCAAUGGAACAACAGCAGCAUCAGGCCUUACAACACCAACAAUCAAUGGAACAACAGCAGCAUCAGGCCUUACAACACCAACAAUCAAUGGAACAACAGCAGCAGCAGGCCUUACUACAACAACAACAAUCAAUGGAACAACAGCAGCAGCAACAACAGGGAUUGUCAUUGCAGCAACAGCAAUUGAAUCAAACCCAAGCCUAUGCACAACCACCGCAAAUUGACGUACAACAGCAGCAACAACUGCAGCAGCAGCAACAGCAGCAAAUAUUGUUACUACACCAACAACACCAGAUAGAACAUCAGCAACAACAACAAGCAAUGUUACUAGAACAACAACAGCAAGUGUACAUACAACAGCAGCUUGAGCAACAGCAGCAACAGGCUUUGCUACAACAGCAACAACAGGCGCAACUACAACAGCACCAACUGGAGCAGCAGCAAGCGUUGUUACAACAGCAGAUAUUUGAGCAACAGCAGCAGCAAGCUCUGUUACAACAGCAGCAACAAGAGCAGCAGCAACAGCAAGCCUUAAAGCAACAGCAACAACAGGCACAACUACAACAGCACCAGCUAGAGCAACAGCAAGCCCUCCUACAGCAACAACAGCAACAACAACAUCAACAACUGGAGGCUCACCAAGUGAGCCAGAUACAACAACCACAAAUGGAUUUACAACAGCUGCAACAACAACAGCAAGCUGUGCUGAAACAACAGACCCAACUACAACAACAGGCGGUCGUCAGUCAUCCAGUCAACCCACAGCAUCAGCAGGCUGUGCUUCAGCAACAGUUGGAACAACAGCAAGCCAUGCUACAACAGCAACAGAUUCAACAGCAACAAGUGAUUUUACAGAAGCAGCAAUUAGAGCAACAACAGCAGCAAGCUCUGUUACAACAACAGAUUGAACAACAACGGCAACAGCAGGCAUUGCUACUGCAACAACAAGCGGAGAGAAUGAACAAACAGGGUUUGCUACAACAGCAGCAGCAACAGAUUCAACAACAGCAAGAGACUGGGCAACCGCAGCAGCACCAGCAAACCACCAUAAUUCAAGUACAACAAAGCGAGAAACAAGAGACCGCUUUAAUUCUGCAACAAUGUGAGCAGCUGCAAACAUUGAUUCAACAGCAACAGAUUGAUGUAUGUAUGUUGCAACAACAACAGCAAAACCCUGCUUUGUUUCCACCAAGUCACACUAGCCUAACCCAGCAGCAACUGACAGAACAACAGCAAGUGGUGCUGAUACAACAACAACAACAACAACAAAAACAACCUAUCUUACUGGAGCAACAACAACAGGCGUACGUUGCCCAGCAACAUCAGCAGCACCAUCAGAGCUCUGUCAUUGAACCUCAGCCUCAGAUCCCCCUUAUGGCCCCAGCCAUACCAGCAGCAGAGGUUAUACAGGACAUUCAGGUCCAAGCUCAGAUGGCCGCCCAGGGUCAGGAAGUGACACCUGUAGCCAUUCAGCUACAGAUUUCCAGCCAAGCUCUACCGGCUGUAGUGCAAGCCCAUGCCCAAGUCCUGGCCCAGAUUCAAGCUCGGAAUGAAGCUCACCCUCAGAGCCAGGGCAAUGUCUCAGUCCCAGUACUCCAAGCCCAGACCCAGCCUCCACACCAAGCCGAGCCCCAGAUGAUCGAGGUCCAGAUUCCAUCUCACAUGGUGGCCCCAAUCCAGGCACCAAGUCCUCCGAUCCCUAUCCAGCCUCAGGUUCCUCUGGUACAGGCUCCCGAUCAGAUGCCAGCUCUAAUACAGACCCAGGCGCCAGGGCAGUCAGUCAUCCAGCAGACUCCCCAGCCUUUGCACCCAACCCAGGCCCUGACUCAGAUUCAUAUUCCAGAAGUUCUUGAGACUCAGAUGAUGCCUCCUAAGAAUCAGAGCGCAGCUCUGGUCCAACCCCAACCUCCAGUCUCAAUACCCCCCAUGCAAAGCCAGGUCCAGCCUCAACCCCAGCACCAGUCUUUAGUGCAGCCCAGUGUUCAACUUCCAGAGGUGGUGCAGCCUCAACCCCAGCACCAGGCUCCGGCCGGCCUAUUGGCACCGCAGUAUGUCACUGCACUUCAGCCCACCGAACAGCAAACCAUGCAGCCAGUCCAACAGAAACAUCAGGACAUCACUCAACAAGUACCACAACAACAACAACAGCAGAUACUGAAGGAUCAACAACAGGAGAUCACUCAACAAGUACCACAACAACAACAACAACAGCAGAUACUGAAGGAUCAACAACAGGAGAUCACUCAACAAGUACCACAACAACAACAACAACAGCAGAUACUGAAGAAUCAACAACAGGAGAUCACUCAACAAGUACCACAACAACAACAACAACAGAUACUGAAGGAUCAACAACAGUUCAUGCUGCAGAACCAGCAGAUGAUGCUGUCCCCUGGAUCUGUUGGAACUGUCCUUGCAGCCCCUGCAGCCAAGGUCAUAGACCCUACCACCUUGGUCUCUGCUUCGUCCCAACACAUACAACAACAGACUGGACAAGCUCCAGCCCCCAUCCAGCUGGCUCUGCAGUCCCUUCCCUCUCAGCAGCAGCAAGUCUCAAUUCCCACUCUCAACCGAAGUCAACUGACUUCUCCACUUCCUCAGAUCCCUGCACAUCUGUUGUCCCAGCAGCCCACUGUUAACCCAGCACAGAUAGCAGCCCCCAGUAACGUGCCCCAGCUCGGGACUCAGACUAGAGCCCUACCCCUCUGCAGUCAGGUAGGAGCAGGAGGUCCUCCACCAUCCCCCCACCACCAGGCUCAGCUGACGCAGCCGCUACCCGCCCACACACACUCCCAGACGGCCAUGCAAGCUCUCGCAAACACUCACACCCAGACACUGGCCCAGACAAAGGUCCACACCGAGACCCAGCUCGCUGCCACCACCGAGCAACAGCACCCUCUGAAUCCCCCCCAGGCUACUUCCCUCCCUCUUCCACACAUGCCCCCCUGCCCCACUCACACAGCAUCUCACCCCCACCCUGCCUCCCUGCCACCCAUCCGUCCUGCUACCCCUGGCCCAGAGACCCAGCUCACCCCACCAGAGAGUCAGCUAACCCUGCCUGGCCUGGCUGAUGGGCCCCCGGGACCCACUUUUCCCCCGUCUGUUGCCGCCGCUGCUGCUCAGCCCCUUGAUUCUAACGCCCCCUCGCUGCUGCCCCCAACCUCAACCUCGCUCCCAGACUGUCACCCUGCUCUGCUGAGCAUUGCUCAGGAGAGUCCGAAACAGUCUGGCACAGAGGGACACUCCACUUCAGGCUCUGUUCCAGACAAUGGGGAUUUACAGAUGUUGGCCAAUGGGAAACUACAGAGGGUGAAGUCUCAGAGGAGAUUGUCCUAUCGGGGGCCAGAAAAAGGAUCACAUGCAUUUCAACUGACCAUGAUUCAGGUGUCCGGCUCUGGGGACAACAUGGUGGAGUGUCAGCUGGAAACCCACAGCAACAAGAUGGUCACAUUCAAGUUCGACACCGAGGGAGACGCACCUGAAGACAUUGCAGAUUACAUGGUGGAGGAGGAUUUUGUCCGUGAAUCAGAGAAAGAGACAUUCGUGGAGGAGCUGAGGUCCAUUGUCAAGAGAACUCAGGAAAUUCUCCUCACACAUCAACAGACUGGCUCUAUGGAACAGCUGCAUGUGAGCACUCCAACAGGCACAGCAAUGGACGGGGCGCCCCAGUCGUCUCCGGUGGGCAGAUGGAGGUUCUUCAUCAACCAGACCAUCAGACACAGAGACUCCACGUCCAACCAGGGAGGAGCGUCAACCCCUCCACCUCUCUCGACUGGCGAGGUCAGGGUGCCUCAGCCUACAGACACUGACCCAGAGUGGGGUGGAGGAUCCCAGAGAUCGGACUCCUCCUUUGCUGAAAUGGUUUCCUCUCCUCCUAUCUGCCCCACCUCCACCUUGUGUGCCCUGGCCUCUGCCUCCUCCCCCCCUGCCUCCACCUGCGUCUCUACCAUUUCUACCCCUGCCUCCAUGUCUGCCCCCCCAGCCACUGCUGCCCCCACUCCUGACACGACUGCCUCUGCUGCCUCUGACAGAAGUGUUUCUGACCUGGCUUCUACUAGUGGAGCUGUUGCCUCAGUCCUACACCCAGUCCCUGCUGCCUCAGCUUGUCUUGACCUGCAGGCUUCCAUCCACCAAAUUUCCAGUACAACCACAGCAACAUCCUCCAUUCCAACCCAUGUCCCAAACACUGCUACCAACCUCCCAGUCCCUGCCAUGGUAGCUGCUUCUGCCACCAUUGCGCCCUCUACCAUGGGCUGUCUAACUGACGCUCUGACCUGCUCCAUGGUGAGCCAGGGCCAAGGCCCAAGCCUGGGGGAUGUAGUGACGGUGGCAGCCCCAGGGCAGUGUGUGUCUGGUGGUGGCCACUCAUCCACCGGCUCCAUCCACCCUCCAGUGGCUGUGGCUACAGCUAUGGCCUCUCCUCCUGCUGGCCAUGCAGUUCUGGAGCAGCAGCAAAACACUCUGCCUCAGAUUCAGUGCAUGGCAACCCAGCCUCAAGCUCUGCCUCAGAUUCAGUGCAUGGCAACCCAGCCUCAAGCUCUGCCUCAGAUUCAGUGCAUGGCAACCCAGCCUCAAGCUCUGCCUCAGACCCAGGUCCAGUUACAACAGCAGCUCCAGACAAUGCAACAGGUACAGCAGCAGCAUCAGCAACAACAACAACAAACCCUGCAGGCUGUGCAACUUCAACAGGUACAGCAACAACAGCAAGUGUACCAAGAGCAGAUACAACUGCAGCAUCAGCAGCAGCAACAAGCGUUGCAAAAAUCUAUUGAACAGUUGCAGAUGCUGCAACAGCAACAACAACAACAACAACAACAGCAGCAGCAGCAGCAGCAGCAGCAGCAACAACAACAACAACAACAACAACAACAACAACAGCAGCAGCAGCAGCAGCAGCAGUCUCAGCUACAUUUACAGCCCCAGCUCAGUCAGACAAAGCCAUUACAAAAACAGUGUAUGUCCCUGCAACCACAGACAGAGAUGUUGCCACUGGCACUACAACAACAGAUACAUCAACUGCCUGUCCAAAUGCAGAACACACAGUGCAACACACAGUUACACAUUCAACAGCCACAGCUACACCAGUUACCACCACAACAACAACUACACCAGUUACCACCACCACAACAACAGCCGCAGCUACACCAGUUACCACCACAGCAACAACUACACCAGUUACCACCACAACAACUACACCAGUUACCACCACCACCACAACAACAGCCACAGCUACACCAGUUACCACCACAACAACAGCCACAGCUACCCCAGUUACCCCAACAACAACAGGCACAGAUACACCAGUUACCACAACAGCCACAGCAACACCAAUUACCACAACAGCCACAGCUACACCAGUUACCACCACAACAACAACAGCCACAGCUACACCAGUUACAACAACAACAACAGCUACACCAGUUACCACAACAACAGCCACAGCUACACCAGUUACCACCACAACAACAACAGCCACAGCUACACCAGGUACCACAACAACAACAACAGCCACAGCUACACCAGGUACAACAACAACAGCCACAGCUACACCAGUUACCACCACAACAACAACAGCCACAGCUACACCAGGUACCACAACAACAGCAACAGGCAGCGAUUGACCUGCAGCAACUGCAUCAGCAACAGUUAGGUCUGGAACAGGCACUAGAUAUUCAGCAGCAACAGGAAAUGUUCCAACAACAACAACAACAACAGUCUUUUAUGGCUGGAACUGCCAUACAGGGAGAUGUGUUACAGCAGCAAGCAGCGCUGCUAGCCCAGUCAGUGAACCAACAGUAUGUCCAACAACAACCAGUUAAACAGCUACUAAACAUGGCACUGGUGCAACAACAGCAAGCUCAUCAACAACAACAACAAGAGGUUAACCCUCAGCAGAAGCAUCAGGUGCCCCAGCGGGAGCAGCCGUCGUUCCAACAGUCAGAGUGGGAGCUGUCUACAUGGGAGGCCAUUGUGACCGAGGAUAUAGUCAGUCACUCUGCACCUCUACACCACUCCUCAGACUCCACUCUGCCCCUCAACAUUAACACAACCUCCGAUGCCCCCCUACACCCCCUCUCCCUCACCCUGACACCCUCCCCGGUCCAACCAUCCUCUGUGGCUGAGUCGGACAGCGAGGGCCCUCCCAAAAUCGAGUUUGUAGACAACCGCAUUAAGACUCUGGAUGAAAAGCUGAGGAACUUGUUGUAUCAGGAGUAUAGUAGUGGGGCAGCUGUGACGGGGGGAGCUGCUGUGGUUUCUACCUCAGGUCCCACCACAGUGUCAGCAGCCUCCACAUCGGCAGGAGGGGUCAAAUCCUCGGAGCUGCAAUCGCUCCAUCUCUCCUCCUUCCCUACUCCUGCCUCCUCCUCAGACACCUCUCCUCAUUCCUCCUCCUCCACCACCUCCCGCUCCUCCUCUACCUCUCCUGACUUGGAGAGGGGGAGAGGAGUGAGGAAGGAGGCUCCUCCAACAGGCCCGGUGGAGCAGCAGCCCGCCCCGUCUCUCUCCUCCGCCUCCCCCCCUUCCUCUCCCCUGGCCCCACCACAUGGAGACUCUGCCGGGCCACCGCCUAUCCCUGGAGAACCCACCUUUCUUGCUGCCCCCUCUCACUCUGACACCAGUACCCCAGGAGAAGUCACUACGUGGCCCCCCAAUCUGCACCCCGUCCCCCUGGGCCAUGGACUGCCACAGCAUAAUGCAGGAGGUGGAUAUUUUGGCCUAAACCUGACAUGUCCUAGUAUCAGAAAUCCCGUUAGCAAGAAAUCCUGGACUCGCAAAUUCAAAAGCUGGGCGUGCAAACUGCGCCACUCCGCCAGCUUGUUCAAGAAGCCCAGAGUCAAGCAAGAUGGUCACUCUAGAGGCAGCCAGGCAGUCAGAGAGGGAGCUUCCUCCAACCCUACCCACUCACUCAAGGGACGAUUUCGGGUCACCGCAGUGCCCCAGCUCCCCGAGGCCUCUCCCCCCAAAGAGGCAGCCUCCGGUAUAGGCAGCAGUGACAGGAAAGUGGGGCGCUUCUCUGUCACCCAGACGGAGGCCCAAAGAGAGGAGAAAGAGCUAACAGACAGCUCCCCUGUGUCUCCUGACCUGGAGAGAGAAAGGAGGAGGGCCCGAGGGAAAGAGGGAGAGGAAGGGAAGAAGAAUCCAGCACUGAGCCACCCACCCCGAGGACAUGGGCAUGGUCACUCACCCCUAGGCAGUAGUGAUGAUGAGGAGAGUGAAAUGGGGGAUGAAGACCUGAGGAAGGAGCUGCACAAGAUGAGAGAGAAACACAUUAAGGAGGUGGUGUCCCUGCAAGCUCAGCAGAACACAGAGCUCCAGGAGCUGUACAAACAGCUCCGCUCCCUCCAAGAGCACCGGCCGACCCUGCCUCUGCCCCGCACCCCAACCCUCCCCUCGGGAGCGACAGCCCUCUCCCCCCGCAGGCCCCGCACGGCCAAAGCCAAGCUCCGGCCCAGACCCCACUCCCACAUAGACAACAAUGGAGUCACUGGUCACCCUGGUAUCCAGCAGUCCAGUAGUUUUUCAGGCGGAGAACAGAGCAGACUACCACCGUACUGCAACCCAGAACACACCAACCUACUGACUACUAAAAGAGACCACAGUCCUCCCUCCCAAGGUGCCAGGAAGAGCACGUUCACAGAUGACUUGCACAGACUGGUUGAUGAUUGGACGAAGGAGACAGUGGGUCCCACCCAUCCCAAGCCCUCGCUCAAUCAAAUCAAGCAGAUUCAGCAGGUGCAGGAGUUGAGAGGCUGGCCACAGCCCACAGAGGUGGCUACUCCAGGUUGGUUCCCUGUGGCACCACUGAACCCCCAGGCCUCCCCAGCCCCAGCUCAGUACACUGCUGGGGGGAGCCUGAGCCAGUGGAGCGGGAUGGGGGGACCACCAGGAUCACAGCAACAACAACAACAAACGCACAUGCCUCAAGUCCCACAGCUGCAGCAAAGUUUACAUCUCCAGCAAGCCCAGCCUCCUCACCCAUUACAGAUACAGCCCUUUCAGCAAUCACCUCUAUGCCUACAACAACAGCCCCUAAUCCAGACUCCACUACUGUCUCAGUCCCUGGCUCCUGUACAGCCACAGACUGGGCAACAACAGAUACCCAAGCAGCCCAAUGUAGGUGUAGGAGCCUCACCACAGAAUCAGAAUCAACCUCUGUUGCCUUCCCAGAUACCCCAAAUGGCCCCGUCAUCUGAGCUGGCCCUAGCGCAGCCUGGGUGUCUGAUUCCUGGGUCUAGCACAACCGCGGUGGUGGGAACCAUAGACACUGGACCUGCUGCUGCUGCCACCGGUGUCCCCGGAGGGACAUUCUGCUCCUCCUCCUGCUGCUCUGCUGCAGCUCAACCAUCCAGUGCCAAACUUCACCCCACGCCCCCAACCUCAACUCUUCCUCUGGGACAGCAGUGAAAUUAAGAAAAUAAAAAAAGGGAAGAGUGAUGUCGAUUAUGAUGGAACGAGGGAAGGAGAAAAAAGAUGGAGAGUGUGUAUGUUAUGAGAGGUAAAUGUCUGAGAAUGAGAAAAUGGACGCCAGUGGGUUUGUACAGUUGAGAUGGGGAGUGAAUGAGAGAGAUGGUUGAGUCUAUGUAGAGUAUGUAGAGUAGAGUAUGUACAGACAGAGGGGACAUUUGGAACUCUGGUGGGGUUAUUGUUGUGUUUGAGUGUUGAGAUGUACAAACUUGCGUAACGUUUGUGUGUGUAUUUGUGUGUGUGUGUUUGUGUUGCCAUUGAUUUUCUCAAUACAUAUCUCUUGUGUGUUUUGACACCAAGUAACAGUCAUGUUAUUUUUUUAAAUCCAACUAAUUUGGACCCUGAACUCUUCUCCCAAGCAGAGACAUGAAGGAACAAAAACAUUAUGACAUUAUUAUUGUAUUUUUUAUUUGUCAAUGCUUACUUAUAUUGAAAAGGACUAUGGAUUUUAGAAGUGCAAUUACUGUCAUCUAAAUGUUAUCAUCCUGUAUUGUUUGUAAGGCAUUUAACAAAAUAUUUUUGUAGAAGCACGUUGACAAAAAUCAACCAGACAUUUACAAGCCAAUACAGUGAGCCAACAUCUUACAUGAACAUACCACAAAUGUUUCAACAGGCUACCAAUGAGAUGUAAAGCAGUUACAACAACAGCAUGUUACAGUAACACCACAGAGCAUGGUAAUAAUGGUGCUACCUGGCUAUUAUCACUACCACAAUGUCACUAAGCAUACUGUUGUACGGUGUAGUGCACUGGCAAGGCAUGUACUUUGUGUAUUGUUAUAUUUUACAUUGAUAAGUAGUGGUAACAACUAGGCUAGAAGAUUUCAAAUAACAUGUUGAUGAAUAACAUGAUGAAAUUCUGAUCAAUUGAUUUCCUUAAUACACUGAAAAAUUGAUUUAAUGGAUGAAUAUGUUCAGUGGGCUUUCAUUUAAAUCUUACUGAAUAAACACUCACCGAGACUAAAACUGCAUGAUCUUACGGCUACAACAUACCUUGACUUGCCUGACUUUAGUGCAAUCUACCCACACGUGUGCUUAUAUACAGUGGGGCAAAAAAGUAUUUAGUCAGUCACCAAU